CUCCCACACUGCCACGGCAACUCGACGGAGUCAACAGCCAGCAGUCCAACGGGCACACAUUAUCUAACCGCAAGGAACCAAGGAGAGCCCGACAUGAGUCACUUCAAGGAGCGCUUCGUGACUCUGCUCCACGAGAAGAACUUCGUGACGGACCAGUUGGCGACGCUGGAAGCCAAAAGCGGAGUGCAGAGGGAGUACAUCGCCCUGGGUUUCCUGGGUGUCCUCGUGCUGUAUCUCCUGUUUGGAUACGGAGCCUCGCUGCUCUGCAACCUCAUCGGCUUCGCCUAUCCAUCGUAUUUCUCCAUCAAGGCCAUCGAGAGCAACGUGAAGGACGACGACACGCAGUGGCUCACCUACUGGGUCGUGUACGGCUUCUUCAGCCUCGUGGAGGCCUUCUCCGACAUCUUCCUCUUCUGGUUUCCCUUUUACUACAUGGGCAAGUGUGUGUUCCUUGUGUGGUGCAUGGCGCCAGUGACGUGGAACGGCUCCGAGAUCUUGUACAAUCGCGUCAUCCGGCCAUUCUUCCUGAGGCACGAGGCGGCCAUGGACAGCGUGGUCAGCGACCUGAGCGCCAGGGCCAAGACCAUCUCUGAGUCCGUGACGAUGGAGGCUGUUAACCGCGCCCUCAACCUCAACAAGGACCAAUGAGAAGCGAGGAAAGUUUGUGUGUGUGUGUGUGUGUGUGUGAAUGAGAUUGUGAGUGCGUCUGUUGUUUGGCUUUCGGUGUGUGUGUCCUCUCCCACUUCAGUGAUGAAUAAAGACGAUCAAGCCGGUGAAUUGAAGCUCCGCCUCUCUUGACGAUGAGUUUGUGUGUCCGUUUAUAUUCGGACGAACUGUGACCUUUUUUCUAUCUCUUUGUCGGAGACAUUCAUUGGUGGCAAGACCUUCUACAAAGACUUUCUACAAAGACUUUUCUGUCUACAUCGCGGUUAAAAAGACAGUUUUCUAACCUGUCAAUCAAAAACUGGAACUUGUGCACAUCUCGCUCGGCCUCAGCAUUUAAAGUCGGUUUGAGCCAUCGGGAAGUUUGUGAAUGUUUUGAUCCGUCUUUAAUUUAUCUGCUCAUACCGAUUAAAAUAAAAACUGGAUUUCUGAUGAAGUGAA